AUGGCUUUGUUAAUGCAAUCGCCUCGGCCACCCAGGCCUCCAAGACCAACGCCGGGCAAGACGAACCUGUUUGUUGUAAAUCCUGUAUUCCAAAACUGGUGUCAGGAUGGUAGGGAAAACGAAAAGGCGUUGGGGCUUGUUCCAUCUCGUGUCGGUAGUCCACACUCGCAUAAAAACAGAAGCACACAACAAGACCACUGGAAUUUACCUCAUAGACAACCUAACAGCAAUAAGUUACACUAUCACGGCUAUGGUAUACACGAGAACAACACAGGAGUAUCAGGAGAAAGCUUGAAUCUUCCUAACCAGCAAUUUCAGGAAAAUAUUAACAAUACAGACUUUGCUGAGUCAAAAAAGUAUGGCCCAAGUCGUACAGUGAUACUGCUAAUUGCACUUUCGUGGCUUGUUUCGAUCACAGCCCUUUUGUUAACAGUCAUGGUUAUUUUUGACAAAAUAGGGAGUCCUUGUGGAUGCUCGGGGACUCAAGGUAAGCGAAACAAAAUAGCUGUUGUUGUUGUCUUUGUUUUUAAAGCUUUUCUUAUUACUAUUCUUGGCGUGGAAUCGUGACUUUUCAUUUUUUUGUUCUUGGUUUUGUUUUGUUUUUCUUACACCUGAAAAUAAGUAUAAAGUUAAAAAAUUAAAAUUAUUGCAUUCCUAAUUAAAUCAAGCUUCAAGUGAAAGUUAAGAGAAAAAGUGAUCUUUUUCCACCGUUACCUAGCUUUGCAACCACAGAAAAGAAGUAACUAAUUAGAUAGCUUUGUUGGAUCUAUAGCAUCAUUUUUCACCCAAAGAUAAAUUGAACGUUUGGGAACACUUCCAGGCUCCUGACACUCGCGACGGUCAGGAAAUAUCGAGCAUAAAGUGGCAAGAGUUGAAAAGGCGAUGUCGAGCACUUUUUCUGUGGUUUACGUGGAGACUACUGAAAUUAUUACAAAAGAGUAAUAUCAGCUUAACAACACUUUGCCGUGAGGAGAAUUUACUAGGUAAAAUGGCAGGCUUAUAGCUUACAACAAUUUCUGGCAUGAACGCACUACCCAUAUUCCAUAACUAGUAGUUUGUACAAAUUUGCGCUCUAGAUCGGAACUAGAAGCAAGAAUUCAAAACUCCUCAACAACUUUUAAAUUAUUAAUUGUGAUCGGGAGGCAUGGACUUCUUCAGGCACCGAAAAACAUUCUUACAAAUAAAAAGGGGCGUCAAAUAAUGACUUCCGACUUAAACAUAUUCUGUCGAGACAAGCAGCCGUAAAGGAAAGUUCGUGCAACAAAAAACGAGUUAAUUGCCCCCGCCUUCCUUGUACAAAUAAACGAGGGUGCGGCUAAUUAACUAACAGUUAAUUGUUAAAAAACGCCGUCAGGAUGAUUGAAACGAUGAAGACGAUAUAUAACACAAAUAAAGUUAUUAACAAAGCUUACUAAUUCUAAAGGCACAUCUUAUUGCAUGCAUUUAACGCAAACUGAGAUUUGUUCCAGUGCCGCCAUCCUUACGGUAAUUUAGUCAGGCUUAAGGCGAUGCCUAUAAUCGAUGCAUCUGAUAGAAUGUUAGGCAGCAGGACACCUUAUCAGUGUGCUAGGCCAAAACAGUUCCAGCGUCUAAGUUUCGUAAUUAAAAAUUGUUAGAAAUUUUUGUGUGAGUUUAUUAACGAGUUUGGGUGCUAAUGAAAGCAGACUUUGCUUCUUUAGUUCAGGGUCCAUAAUUGAAAUAGACAAGUCAUUUCGCCGCUUUCGUAACAAAGGCAUUCCGCGGUUCAAGUUAAAGGCUUCACCGAGACUAUUAAAAAAAUAACAACAGUUUUAUUCUUAGCUAGGUUAAUAGGCUCUAACGCUAUAAUGAUAUGCUGCGGCCAAAACCUAGAUUAAAAAAUUUACACUUGCACCGUCAUCCGCAAACGGCUGACAACAAAAAAAGUGCUUUUGUUGUUUUUGUUGCUGCUGUUGAUUUGGAUACUAUUUCUCCGUUUCUGAUUGGAUAAAAUCCCACGCAUAAUUCAUCACAACCAGCUACUGUCGACCGAGUUUGGAAGAAAACUGAUGACGUCAAUCGUGCAGCAAAAUUGCCUUAGUAUUGAAAGGCUAACCGAGAAGACCUGGGGACGAGGUUGAGUUGUGCUCUGCAAAGUAUCAGUAGAAAGAUUCAGUUCAAGACAAAUGAAACAAAUUUUAAUAAUAAAAACAAACAAUAACUACCUAAAAAACAACCUUUAGGGUUUGAAAAAAUAUAUCUAUUAUGGGAAUAGCAAAUUGCAAUUAUUUUUAAAACGUAACAAAUGAAAAGUUAUGUGGUAACUUACUUGACUUGCAACGAAAUAAUCAUCGUUUCAAAGGGAUUGAAUAGACCAGUAUUCUCUCAUUCCAAUUAUGUUACCAGUAUAAUCAAUUUUCUUACCAUGGAUAUUUUUUUGCAUGUUUUCUCAACUACUGAGUUGUAUUGUUAGUCCCUCCUCAGGUGCAACAGGUGAACUCGAACCAAAACAAUGAACUUCUAGCGAAGAUGAAAUUUCUAGAGGAAAAUGUGUCCAAUCACCAUGAUGCCUUGGUAAGGAAUUUUAGUGGUUUAAAUUCAAAUACCCUGUAACAAUAUUGCCAUAUAUAACUAGCACCUUUUAUUGGAAAAAAGAACUCACGGUCGAAGGUACUGUGAAACUACACGUAACUAAGAAUGCUUGAAAUAAACUCUUUUCAUCUAAACUUUUGCUUGCAUACAGUCGCGGGGACAGUACCUUAUAAACAACUAUAAUAAUUAUUCGUUCAAAAUAUUUCUCCGUUUCUGAUUGGAUAAAAUCUCACGCAUAAUUCAUCACAACCAGCUACUGUCGACCGAGUUUGGAAGAAAACUGAUGACGUCAAUCGUGCAGCAAAAUUGCCUUAGUAUUGAAAGGUUAACCGAGAAGACCUGGGGACGAGGUUGAGUUGUUUUGGUAGUGAAUACAAAAAUGGCGGAACAUUUCACUCGUUUCACGAAUUGUUGGCUAAAAAAAUAGCAAAAACAGCGAUGCGACGACUUGACGGACGACUUCUGCUGCUUGGAGAACUUGCGGAACUGAACAUUCCUUUACCUCUUAAACUUGCUGAUAAACAUGCGCUAUCGAAGAUGAAGGUGAUGAGGUGGAGGUGGAGGUUGGCAUUUGUGGCUUGUGUUUAAACUAGAAAUUAUUUUGAAUGAAUAAUAAAACAAUCAUCGAAUUCGGGUUUCGUAUCAUCUGAAGAAUUAUGGAGGUCGAGAGGGGUGUUAUCCUCCGAGGCCGCAAGGCCGAGGCUUAUUUGACCGACAAGGCUGAACUUGAAGUGUAAAGCCACAGCCUUAGACUAUUUUUGGCCUGGUUUCGCACUUAAUUAUCCUCUGUUGUCGUUUUAGAUUUCAAAGUCAAGCCGACUUGAGCAAGUUGAAAACACACUUAAUGCACUGGAAAGGAAACAUGAAAAUAUAAUUAAGAUGGUAUGCUCGACAUAGUAUUAUUGGUAUCCAAUAGAAGAAUCAAUUCAUUUGAAACAACAUAAUGCAACUGGAAAAUAUGAAACUGAAUUUAAUCUAGGUACAAAAUCUGUGUACUACCAAAUGAGCAAAUCAAUACUGAACAACAGCAAUCUAGAAAAGGCUGUUGUAAAGAAGCAGGCUUUGUUUAUUUAAUCACCUCUCUUGAUAAAAUUUGCUAUUAUUAUGUAAACAUACAGUUCUGUCUGUAAUUGAAGGAAUAAAAAUGAGGGAAUUCAGAGACAUUCUUUUAUAUUUUUGACAAUAAGGUGGUAAGAGAGGCAAAUGAUUUUUACUUAAUUAUAACAUUUUCAACCAGUGGAGAACUCUAUUCAAAUAAAAGAAUAAAAUAGCGCUCAAGAUAGAUUUAUUUUUCAUUAAACUGGCUUCAGUAUUCGCCUAAAAAGCAGUGAUCAUGACUUAAUAGUCUUUAAAAAUAUACCAUUUAUGCUGAGCUUAAAAUAUUAUACCUUCCGGCCUGUCAAAUAGUAUGAACAUAUAUGCAUUUUUACUGUUUUUUUACUGCUUUAUUCCUUCUUUAGAUAGAACGUAUUGGUUUUAAUAUGACAACACUACUUUCCACGACAAGUUAUAUGGACUAUAAACUCACUGACCUCGAGAAAAGGACGAACAGAGCUCUAGACGCGGUAUCUAUUUCUUUUUAUGUCAAUAGAGUAACAUGUUGAAAAAAAUGCCAGAGCCAAAUGCUUGGUCGAAGUUGACUGUUUCGACCUAAAUGAUCCAAGAUAAGAAAACAUGACCUAGAACUUGCAGUUCUGCUUCACCUGAGCUAGAUACAGUCAGUUUGCCUCGACAUUUUUUCGGUUUAAUUGUGUUACGUGGAAAUGCACACGCGAUCAAUUUGUAUGGAGCAUUAGACGUUGAAAAAUUAUCGUACACGGUUAGCAGCUCUAUUCUUAAAUUAGAAAUUGUGACAGGGUAAGCCUCUGUUCACAAAGACGUAAUAAAAAAGGUGUCUCAAGAAUAAUUUGUGCAAUUUAGAUAAGUAAAACAACUGCAAGGCUCAAAGAAGAAGAUAUCACGUUGAAUAGUGAUUUAAAAGAUGUGAACGUAACUCGAUCCGCGAAGAUAAAUUAUUAUUAAGCUUUCGUUUUCAAUUACACUUAAUAUAAUGUAGUGUUUUUAUUUUUUCUUUAUUUUUUUUGUUUUUUUAUUCAGACAAUCUUUAUAUUUUUGACAACAAGUUAGUAAGAGAGGGAAAUGUUUUGUUUUUUCUUUUUAGAUAUAAUUAUAACAUUUUCAACCAGUGAAGAACUCUAUUCAAAUAUAAAUAUUAUAAGAUGAGUUGCUGCUAAAGAACUUUGAUUCAUUUUAAGCCACCCCUUAGAUUUUAUUAAUUUAUAUUUAUCCAUAUAGUAAGGAUAAAAUAAUAAUAAUAAACAAUUGAACAAAUUUUAUUGAUAACAAUGCAAACUAUUAAAAUCCUGUUUACUAUCAAUACACUUUAAAAAACUGUUCCGUCAAAACACUUUUCUAUUUACAAUUCUUUUCGUUUAAUAAAAGAAACGCCUAGCUUUGAUUAGAAAAAAAAAUCGUUUACUUAAGAAAUAAAUAAUAAUAAUAAUAAUAAUGAUAAUAAAAAAUAAUCUAAUGAACAUUUUUUUACGUGUAAAAUCUACCAUUUGUUGAAUUAAUUAUUUGUUUGUUUGUGAGUGAUUAGAAAAUAUAUCGGCUUAAUAUUCAGUGGUUUAACGGCUUUUGGCUUAGUUUUUAGUAAAUAUUUGGCAUCAUCGCGGACACUGAGUGUCUUGAAAUCAGUUAUCGUUAUGGCUAUGAUCAUUGUUUCUGCUGCUAAGAGAGAGAUGAAUUGACACCUUGUAGCUAUUGUGAUGCGUAGAAACGCACACACGAUCAAUUUGUAUGGAGCUUUAGGCGUUGAAAAAUUAUCUUACACGGCUAGCACUUCUGCUCUUGGAUCAGAAAUUGUGACAUUUUUAGGCAAAUUUCUAUUCACAACGACUCUUUAAGAGCCACCAAUAAAAAGAUACACAUUUCUUUUUUAAUUCAUAAAUAAAAGAGGUGUCUCACGAAUAAUUUUUUUCUUAACUGCGCAAUAUUUUUAGAUCAAUAGAACAACUGCAAGGCUCAAAGAAGAAGAAAUCACGUUAAAUAGUGAUUUAAAAAAAGUGAACGUUACUCUGUCGGCGAAGGUAAAUUAUUAUUGAGCUUUUCGAUUUCAAUUUCACUUAUUAUAGCGGAGCUCCACGCGCGCGCGGCGCGCGCGCGCGUGGGCGGAACCCCAUUGCUAAGUAAAUCUACCCAUCCCAGAAAAUUUGGUAAUCACGUUACCGUACACCGACCGACCGCCCGCCGUCCCUCCGCACCACAGGAAAACCAAUGUUUACUGUCACACUUUUAGCUAGUUUGGGAGCCCAAGAGAAAACUAAUUGCACAGGCUGCACAUCAAUGUUGUGAUCAAUAAACAGCUAUCAAAACAGGGCAUCCGCUGACAAGUAUCACCUGACCGUACCGCGGGCUCAAGUGUCGACUCAUCGAGGUCGAGUAUUUUUUUAAAAGUUAUCCGCUGACAAAUUACCAGUUUCAAACGAUCGCAGGCUCAAGUUUAUUUUUUCCAAGGAUUCAUAUCAAAUAUGUUGUGUUUAUGUCACUAUGGCCCCGCAAUAUUAGGAUUUUGAUUUCAAACUGACCUCGGAAGCGAAAAUUCAUCCAGUUUUUUUAAAAGUACAGGCGGGGAAGACCUUAUCUUACCAUGGUCACGCGUUGUUCACGCUCUACGUCCAAUUUUUAUACUCUGAUUGGUCAAAGUUUGACAGGUGAGUUUAUGCGGAAAAAUUAUGCAGCAUCUUGAAAGUAGUUUACUUUGACAGCUGAAGCUGACAGAGUUUUGUGUCAACUUGUGAUGUUUUUAACUGUCUUUCCUCUGGAGGUACAAAAUGAAAUACAGCUGCUAUCAAGAGUCUUCUGUUAUUCAUGGCUGGUUUGUUUACUGGGUUUUGGUUGAGAAAUGCGUCGCUUGUCAAAAUGCGGUAAUUCGAUUUCGGAUGGCAUCGUUUUCGUUUUUCACCUUGCUUAAUGCGUAAGAGGAUUUAAAAGUCUCAAGCAACUGUGGCCUCCCUUGAUAGCUUUCAGGAACUGAAUCUCGAAUGGUAAGCCUAAGUAAUUAAUGUAUUUGAUGUUUGUGUUUCAUGAAGUCUUGCACAGUUCACGCUGACAGUUUAUGCGGCAAGUUUAUGCACGUUUGCAGGAUUUGAGUCAAUGAUGUGACCUAGUAUCAGGUUUGAUAUAAGCUUACAGAACUUUAAAAAGCCUUCAGAUAUAUUUGCUCACCACAAAUAGAAAGAAAACGUUCCGAAGGAUAUUUAGUUAUAAAUUUGGCUGUAGAAAGAAAACUUUGAGCGAUUUUCUUGCUUCGAGGAGUUCACCUUCGAAAACAGUAAACACCGCGCUGGGAAGCCGGCUAAAACAUAAACUUAAGCUUUACGCUUAAGAGCGAGUUUCUGUAAAUACCACGGAUAGGUGUGCAAGAUGGAAAAAUCGAAAUCCCCCAAACUUUGUCCCAACAAAGCCCUUUGGAAACUAUUUUAGAAAAUACAAGACUCAGUUCGUUUGACUUAAUAUUUUCCAAAAUAAUUAUUUUUUUUAAUUUUCACCUUCGAGAGGCCUUCAAACCACCGAAAAAUGUGCUUGAUACCCUCGCUUCGUGAAUGGAAACGGAAACUAAUACCAUAACUUUUCUUACAUUAAACAAUUUUAUGAUCCUUCCUUUCUACGUAAACGUUGUUACAAUUUCAAAAGAUUUCAAUCUGAUUUUUUAAUAUUUUUUCAAAAUUACCCUCUAAAUCAGCAUUUACGCGACCAUCAAUUUUGCCAUUUUUCAACGGCGAAAAUCCCUUCCUGGUACAUGGCUUUCAUUAGAAAAAUGGAUUCCAGAGAAAGAGCAAUGUUUCCCCUAUCAAUCUGUGAAAUAAAAUUCUGGGGCAAUUGAAACUGCGAGUUUUUACAACGGAAAACAUUUACGGUACUCGCGUGAUUUACGACCUUUGAACUUGCAGUUGUCGUGAUGAAUACAAGGGAGAACUUUUAGACAGCACUUGAAACUCUGGCGCAAAUUCGCCCCUUUUCCGCCAGUUUAAACACCAAGAACGAUUUUAGCUUUCACAGUGGUAAAUUUUCACAAGGAAAAGCAAUUUUAUUGUACGAAAGUGUGCUAUGAACUUCUUGACUACAACACAUCCGUUACGUGCGUAUUUGUUUACUUUUGCCGUAUUUGUAACAGUUAUCAUAUAUCUACAAAACGGCUUUAGUGUCGGUAGCUAUUCUUUAAAAUGCUCUCAUUUAUCAUGAACCAAAUCGUUAUAGCUAUAAAAAAGGAAAACGUUUUUUCCUACCUCACAUUAUUUGAUAACAGAACCGAAUCCUUUACUGCCUUUAACGAAAUGAGAUUGCGUGACAAAGAACUUUGAGACCCAGGUUGAAGACAGAUACCAUUCCGAAAAAGACACUCACGCGGCACCUUCUGUAACUAUAAAAGCAAAACAUGUAAAUAAUCAAAAUCCUUACUUUCACUGACUUAUCCGCUAGAGCGAUUAUGAAAACGUAAGACUAAAAAAACAUAUUUUCCACAACAGAGUAUGAAGUGGUUGCCCCUUAUAUUCUCUUACUUUCCAUAAACGCCUGCUUACACAUUUUGAAAUACGAUUAUGAAUUCCUUACUUGUAUCCUUAGAAAAAUGACAUUUAGGGGGAAAAAAGUGCUUAUUCCUAGUCUUAAAUGUCAUCCGUCCCUUCCCUCCACCCCCUAAGGGGCGGCAGCCCGUUUCGGGGUGGGGCGAAGAAACGCAGAACAUUUCAGACUGAUAGCGGGGCUAGAAAACCUGCAUAAUUUUAGAGCACCUCUGGUGUUAAAAGCAAAGCUUUCAGUAGUUCUGGCAACCUCGAGCAAGUUUUGCAUUUCUGAGCAACGUUUGGGAAAAAUAUAGGCUUAUGUCAAGCCAGAAAAAAGUGAGCAGUUUGAUAGAAAAUGUCAAGUUCGACUGAACCGCGCCCGUAUAAGCGCCCUUAAUGAUUCUGGCAGGGGAGGGGGGAAUUUUGAAAUGGAGCGAGGAGGACCUAGGUCCAACCAUACCGUCUGCGCUUUAGCUGUGAGUCUGCCUUGGAGAUAAAUUUCGCUCAUAUUUUUAGCAACUCUUUAAAGAAGAUUGCAAGCCGUAUAGUUGCGUCCGUCUCAGAACGCUGGAGCGGUGAAACCAAUGAUCGCGCCCUCGCACCUUGAAAAAAAACUGCGUUUUUUUUGAGAAAAAAAGGAAAAGAAAAUAAAAGAGAAGGAAAGGCCGUUCGCACGAACUGAAAGCUAUUGUUUUUUGCAUUGCUAUUGAAAAUCUGAAAAGGAACAGUCUUACACACGUAGCCCUCGGGGCGGUACCAGGUGAAUAUAUCACAUACCCCAUCGUUCCAGGUAUAUAACCUUUACGUAAGCGUAGGAUGUAAGACACACUUGCGGAUACGCUUAAGCAUAACGUGAGAUACCCAGGCGCAAAAAAAUAACAGUCGCGCGGCUAAUGUUGGCUCCCCUCAAAAAUGAAGCGAAUUAAGGUGGGCUUGAAAAGUGAGAUAUUCGGAUAUCUUCGGAUAAUUGAUAGCGAGUUAUUUCCAGUCCACGCUAAUUAUGAGAUUCCUUUUCUUCUUUCCUAACGAUAAGUUAAAUAGGUCAAGAAAAAACAGCUUUCAGUAAGUUAAAAUAAGUUUUUUGAGGGCGCGAUCUUUGGUUUCACCGCUGAGCGUUCCUGACGGGCCCAAAUAUACGGGCUUGCAAUCUCCUUUAAAGAGUUGCUCGACACUGUGGGUAAAAUUUAUUGCCAAGGGAAACGGACAACUAAAAAGCAGGCGGUGUGCUUAGAGCUAGGUCCUCUUUGCUCAAUUUCAGAGUUUCCCCUCCCCACCCAGCCUCCCCCUCCCGCCCGAGUCAUUAGGGGCGCUUUUAAGGGCGUUGUUCAGUCGUACUUGACAUUUUCUAUCAAACUGCUCACUUUUUGUGGCUUGACAUGUGCCAUAACCUAUAUUUUGGCAAAACGUUCCUCAGAAAUGAAAAACUUGUUCGAGUUUGCCAGAACUACAGGAAAUUUAAACACAAGAGGUGCUCUAAAGUUAUGCAGGUUUUUUAGCCCCGCCAGGAGCCCCGCCAUGUCUAGUCUGAAAUGUUAUGCGUGCCUUCGCCCCACCCCGAAACCUGCUGUGGCCCCUUAGGGGGUGGAGGGAAGGAACGGAUGACAUUUUAGACUACGACUUAGCGCUUUUUCCUAAGAAUACAAGUAAGGAAUUCAUAAUCGUAUUUUAAAACGAGCGUGAUGAAAACAAGAGACUACAGUGGAACCUCGAUUUAACGAAGGGCCAAGGGCCUAAAAAAAUUUCUGAGCCACCCAACGACGGUUUCCUUCUAAAUUCAUUGAAAACAUUUUUCAAUGGUGUACCCAGAGUACCUUUAGAUCUCUAGAAAUGCAUUCCAAGCGGCUUGUAAAAUUUGUUCCUGUUCGGUCAUCCUAGGGAAACUUGCAUUGAGCAUUUUUGAAAUUACAAGGGCUUCAGUAUUAUUUUCCCAAAAAUUUUAGAUGCAAUUUAACGUAUCACGAAAGUGAGAAAUUUUCUGAUUCCUCUCUCAAUCACAUGUUUGAAUCCGAACAUUUUAGGCUUCCUCUUUUUCUAUGAAAAAUUAGCCUAACCUGGGAUGUAAAAUGUGAAAAAUUAAACUUCAGAAAAUCGUAGGGAAUUUAUAAGAUAACCUUCGAAAAUUGAACAGGAACGGAACGGUCAACUAGAAAUUUUUAGGCGUCCUCAAGCUAUAGAAAAUUCCAGGCAAUAUCUACUUCUCCCAAGAUAUAUUUUACAGAAAGCAGUCGUUGAGUGCCCCUGAAAUUUGCUCGCUAUAACGAGGUUUCGUUAUAUCGAGGUUUUUUUUUUUUGAUACCGUAAAUCCUCUAUUAUAAUAAUAUGUUUAAUUUAGAAACUAAGAUGGUAUCGCUUCUCCAUAAAGAACUAGAAUAUAAAGUGGAAAAGCUCAAGUACAGGAAGUUUUAGGUCAUGCAGUCGAAAAUCAUAAUCAAAUCCUAACUUCCAGUUGGUAAAUAAACCUCCCCGGAUCAGUCCACACGAAGCCUUUACGGUCGUGAUUGAUUAAUACAGUCUUUCAUUUAUUAGUGAAGAAUAAUUACGGGUGGGAAGCGGGUGCUUGAUGGAGGGGGGGGCUAUCAGAGGGAGGGGGGUUAUUUGACAGGGGGCUUUAAUAUAGGUUUUACGGCAUAUUUUACUCUUAUCGAGGUAAAGAAAAUCAUUCGUAGGUUCUUUGUAUCGCGGUUCCACUGUAUAAGGGCCCACCCCUACAUAGUCUUUUGACGAAAAAAUAUUUUUUUAAUGUUACGUUUGCAGGGUUGCUCUGGCAGAUAAGUCAACGAAACUAAGGAUUUUGAUUUUUUACAUGUUUCGCUUUUAUAGAUACAGAAGGUGCCGCGUGAGUUUCUUUUUCGGUCUCAAAGUUCUUUGUCACGCAAUCUCGUUUCGCUAAAGGCAGUAAAGGACUCGGGUCUGUUGUCAAAUAAUGUGAGGGAGCUCAAAAUGUUUUCCUUUUUUUAUAGCUAUAACGAUUUGGUUCAUGAGAAAUGAGAGCAUUUGAAAGAAUAGCUACCGACACUAUUAGCCGUUUUGUACAUAUGUGUACGGCAAAAGUAAACAAAUACAUGUACGCACGUAAGGGAAGUGUUUGUAGUCAAGAAGUUCAUAGCACGCUUUCGCACAAUAAAAUUGCUUUUCCUUUUGAAAAUUUACCACUGUGAAAUCUAAAUCGUUUUUGGUGUUUAAACUGGCGGAAACGGGGCGAAUUUGCGUCAGAGAUUCAAGUGCUGUCCAGGUUCUCGCUUGUAUUCAUCACGACAAAUGCAAGUUCAGAGGUCGUAAAUCACGCGAGUACCGUAAAUGUUUUCAGUUGUAAAAUCUCGCAGUUUCAAUUGCCCCAGAAUUUUAUUUCACAGAUUGAUAGGGGAAACAUUGCUCUUUCUCUGGAAUACCAUUUUUCUAAUGAAAGCCAUGUACCAGGAAGGGAUUUUCGCCGUUAAAAAAUGGCAAAAUUGAUGGUUGUGAUAAUGCUGAUUUAGAGGAUAAUUUUGAAAAAAUAUUAAAAAAUCACAUUGAAAUCUUUUGAAAUUGUAACAACGUUUACGUAGAAAGGAAGGAUCAUAAAAUUGUUUAAUGUAAGAAAAGGUAUGGCAUUAGUUUCCGUUUCCAUUCACGAAGCGAGGGUAUCAAGCACAUUUUUCGGUGGUUUGAAGGCCUCUCGAAAGUGAAAAUUAAAAAAAAUUAUUAUUUUGGAAAAUAUUAAGUCAAACGAACUGAGUCUUGUAUUUUCUAAAAUAGUUUCCAAAGGGCUUUGUUGUGACAAAGUUUGGGGGAUUUCGAUUUUUCCAUCUUGCACACCUAUCCGUCGCUCUUAAAGACUCAGGAUUUUUAGAGACACUUUAAUACUUGUCUUCGUGAAUGAAAAUUGUUGUCUCUGUAAAUGUUUCACGGAAUUAUAUUUCUUUUUUUAAUUGUUAGUAGUUUCUCUUGCAAUUUUAAUCGCUUGUCCGGGCCGAUUGUUUUCAACGUUCAUGACCAUCGCUUGCAGGAGUACUCAAAAAUGUCGCGCGUAUCAAACGCCUUAUAAGAUUACACAUCGUUAUAACUAAAACCAUUAAAUAAUAAAACAAAUAAUAAUAAAUUCGCUGUUAUGUUGAAGCGUAACUCUGUUAAAGUUCAUUCAAACACUCGACCACACUGACAGCUCGCACUAUAGAAACGAGAACCAGCUGGCCGUAUGGGUGAUUUUGGAAAUUUUCUGAAAUUUUUGAACGGUUUGGCUCGUCCUGAAUAUUGACUGAGUGAAAAUUGUGAAAUACCGCAUUCUGUCCGAGCUCUGUAUGAUAAAUAGUACUGUUUCACCUCAAAUGUGGUGUAAAAAAUUAUAAAAGGUUGGUUUAAACACCCCCAGAUUUGUUGGCAAGAAUUUGUAAAGUAAACCUGUCGAACGCAAAAAAAUUUGGCGUGAUUUGUUUUCCAAGAAUUUGCUUUCGAGGCCUAAUCUACUGUAAUCUUGAAUGUGAUCGAAGAUGUUUGCUAUUUUCUGGGUGUACAUAUAAGGUUAUCAAUUCGAUGUAAGAUGUUUCACUCUAAAAAAAACUUAGCCUUUCCCUCAAAAGUCACAUGAAUGUGCCCUUAAGUUAAAUGAUUUGUGGAUUAAAAGUUUAUUGUUUGAUUUAAAUUAUAAAUUUAUUAAAAUUGGAGCUUCGCUUUUAGCCCUGGCUAAAUCUAUAUAUUAUUUACCCUUUGUUUGUUUUAUUAUUAUUUUUUUAAUUCAAAGGCAUUUUUUCGGUUUAAUUGUGUUACGUGGAAAUGCACACGCGAUCAAUUUGUAUGGAGCAUUAGACGUUGAAAAAAUUAUCGUACACGGUUAGCAGCUCUAUUCUUGGAUUAGAAAUUGUGACAGGGUAAGCCUGUGUUCACAAAGACGUAAUAAAAGAGGUGUCUCAAGAAUAAUUUGUGCAAUUUAGAUAAGUAAAAGAACUGCAAGGCUCAAAGAAGAAGAUAUCACGUUGAAUAGUGGUUUAAAAGAUGUGAACGUAACUCGAUCCGCGAAGAUAAAUUAUUAUUAAGCUUUCGUUUUCAAUUACACUUAAUAUAAUGUAGUGUUUUUAUUUUUUCUUCAUUUUUUUUAUUUUCUUAUUCAGACAAUCUUUAUAUUUUUGACAACAAGUUAGUAAGAGAGGGAAAUGUUUUGUUUUUUCUUUUUAUAAUUAUAACAUUUUCAACCAGUGAAGAACUCUAUUCAAAUAUAAAUAUUAUAAGAUGAGUUGCUGCUAAAGAACUUUGAUUCAUUUUAAGCCACCCCUUAGAUUUUAUUAAUUUAUAUUUAUCCAUAUAGUAAAGAUAAAAUAAUAAUAAUAAACAAUUGAACAAACUUUAACGGUGGUUUAACGGGUUUUGGCUUAGUUUUAGUAAAUAUUUGGCAUCAUCGCGGACACUGAGUGUCUUUAAAUCAGUUAUCGUCAUGGCUAUGAUCAUUGUUUCUGCUGCUAAGAGAGAGAUAAAUUGACACCUUGUAGCUAUUGUGAUGCGUAGAAACGCACACACGAUCAAUUUGUAUGGAGCUUUAGGCGUUGAAAAAUUAUCUUACACGGCUAGCACCUCUGCUCUUGGAUCAGAAAUUGUGACAUUUUUAGGCAAAUUUCUAUUCACAACGACUCUUUAAGAGCCUUCAAUAAAAGAUACACAUUUCUUUUUUAAUUCAUAAAUAAAAGAGGUGUCUCACGAAUAAUUUUUUUUCUUAACUGCGCAAUAUUUUUAGAUCAAUAGAACAACUGCAAGGCUCAAAGAAGAAGAAAUCACGUUAAACAGUGAUUUAAAAAAAGUGAACGUUACUCUGUCGGCGAAGGUAAAUUAUUAUUGAGCUUUUCGAUUUCAAUUUCACUUAUUAUAUUUACCCUUUGUUUGUUUUAUUAUUUUUUUUUAAUUCAAAGGCACUCUUUUCUAUUUUUGACAACAACGUGGUAUAGAGAGGCAAAUGAUUUUUACUAAACUAUAAGAUUUUCAACCAGUGUAGAACUCUAUUUAAAUGAAAUAAUAAAAUAGCGCCCAUGAUAGAUUUAUUCUUCAUUAAACUGGCUUCAGUAAUUGCCUAAAAAGCAGUGACUUAAUAGUCUUUAAAUCUAUACCAUUUAUGUUAAGCUUAAAAUAUUAUACCCUCCAGUCUGUCAAAUAGUAUGAACAUAUACAUGCAUUCUUUUACUGUUUUUUACUGCUUUAUUCCUUCUUUAGAUAGAACGUAUUGGUAUUAAUAUGACAACACUACUUUCCACGACAAGUUAUAUGGACUAUAAACUUAUUGACCUCGAGAAAAGGACAACCAGAGCUCUAGACGCGGUAUCUAUUUCUUUUCGUGUCAAUAUUUCUUUUAGUGUCAAUAGAGUAACAUUAAAAAAAAAAGAAAAAAUGCCAGAGCCAAAUGCUUGGUCGAAGUUCGCUGUUUCGACCUGAAUGAUCCAAGAUAAGAAUACAUGACCUAGAACUUGCAGUUCUGCCUCACCUUAGCUGGAUACAGUCAGUUUGUGUCAACGUUUUUUCAAUUUAAUUGUAAUAAGUGGAAAUGCGCACGUGAUCAAUUUGUAUAAGCAUUGGGCGUUGAAAAAUAAUCGUACACGGCUAUCACCUCUGUUCUUGGAUCAGAAAUUGUGACUUGAUAAAUUUCUGUUCACAACGACGUAAUAGAAGGGGUGAAUAUUUCACGAAUAUUUUUUUUCCUAACUGCGCAAUAUUUUUAGAUAAAUAGAACAACUACAAGGCUCAAAGAAGAAGAUAUCACGUUAAAUAGUGAUUUAAAAGACCUGAACGUUAGUCAAUUGACGAAGGUAAAUUAUUAUUAAGCUUUUCGAUUUCAAUUUCACGUAAUAUAUUUACGCUUUGUAAUUUUUUAGUUUUUUAUUCAAAUACAUUCUUUUAUAUUUUUGACAACAAGGUGGUAAGAGAGGCAAAUGAUUUUUACGUAUUAUAAUUAUAAUUAACAUUAUCAACCAGUGGAGAAGUCUAUUCUAAUACAAAUUAUAAUACGAGGUGCUGCUAAAGAACUUUGAUUCAUUUUAAGCCACUCCUAUAGUAAAAAUAUGGUAAAGAUUAAAUAAUCAUUAUAAAAGUAAAUUGUAGUUAUCAUAACAAAUUUCCCAGAAUCCUUUGAGGCAUUUUUUUAAAAAGCCUUAUAACUUUGACAAUUUUAUGCGAAGAAGACUUUCAGACAUUUGCCAUAGUAUAUCUUCCGAUGUCAAAUCUAAGGUAAUGACUUCAUUGGUCACGUGGCUAUUUCCCAAUAAGUUUUUUUUCGUUGCUGUGACAAGAUUUCAUUAACUAGUUAAAAUGAAAUGGCAUAUUUGAGGUUUUAGUUGUGUGGGUCGUUUAAACAUAACCCGGCUGUUGACGUCCGGCUUGGCUUUUAUAGAUUGUGCUAUCAUAAUUUUUAGCACAAUUUGAGAAAACUAGCAUAAUUUUUCCCAUUUUUUUAAAACGUAACACUGCUAGCAUAAUUCGCACAUUUUGAUAAUUAUCGGAACAUUUUUGGAUUUUAACAGGCACGCUGAUUCCCAAAUCCCAAUUAUACGUUGACGUUGUUCGAUGUUUUACGAGUAUUUGCAGUUUACUGGGCCCGGAAAUGGGGGCCUGGGAGUAGGGUGUACAGGAAAUGGAAGUCCCAUGGCAAACCAAGUCGGUCCUAAUACCUCCCAUAGGCAAGGCUACAAAAAAGCGUCCGCUGUGCCAGCCGAUUCGAGCGAAAACUUACAGCUCUCUCAGAGAAAUGACGGGCAAGAACCAGCCACAAUUGCCAGAGACCGUUCCCUACAUCAACAAAGGGAAAGUACAGUAGGAUAGGAACAUCUGACACGACGAAAGUUCCAUCACACGAUUGUAUUAACCGGUUCCCAAAUCAGCUAACAAGUUUAAAAAGCUUCUGAUUAAAGAAAAUGUAUUUUUGGACUCAUUUGCCAUGGUUUUUGAAGAGCACAAGUAAAAAAAAACAAUAGCAUAAUUUGGACAAAUGAGCAUAAUUUUAGCAUAAUGUGGCCAAAAAGAAAGCAGUGCUACUGGCAUAAUAUGCUACUUUUACCAGCACAGUCUAUAAAAGCCUACGUCCAGUAUUUAAAAUCUAAGGGGGUAAUGAACAUGAGCGAAAAAGUCGUGAGAUUAGGCCAAGGGCUGCAGAGACUCAACCUUUCAUCACACGGCAGAGAAAAUUUGCGUGAAAGUAAUGUUCUACCGCGCCUGAUAAUUUUUCUACAGACGAUAACUUUUAGUUCUAACUGAUUCUGAGAGUCCGGGUUGGAAUCCCCUUGCGGCACCGAAGGAAGACGAAAAAGCUAACCCUUUGUGAACAAAUUAUUUUGAGGUUUAAGCUCGAAGCUUUAUAUGGUGUAAAAUAAUAAUAAUUUACUUUUAUCGGUAUCACUUGUAAUAAUAAAAAUAAUAAUAAUAAUAAAUUAUAUUUUUUUAAAUUUUCAAACCAAAAAAAUAUACUUUAUUAAGCUCUUCUCAAAUUGAAAAUUAAAUACAAAUUUAGUAUAGCUAUAGUUAAAAAAGACUUCUUGGUGGUCUGGUGGUUUUCAACAGAGCAAAUGUAAACAACUGUCUAUAAACUAAAAAAUGGAAAUUUCUAUGUACAUCCCAAUAAUAAAGUAUCUAUAGCUGUUGAGUCUAAGGAAGUCCUGCUUAACCCUUCUCUAUUUUUAGAUCCCUGUCCUUAACAUCUAAGUUCCUCCUUCUUUCUUAAUAACAAUAAUAAUAAUAUAGAUUUAGCCAGGGCUAAAAGAGAAGCUCUUGAUAAUAUUUAUAGUUUACUAUAAAAACGUGUAAUGCUAGGCGGCGAAAGCAACGAGAACGGUGGAGAAACAACAAUUGGUCUAUAAAUUAGCAAAAAAAGGAACUUUGCACGUGCAGCACACUUUUUUUUGUGAUUUUUUUUGCCGUUAUUUUGCACAACUACAACGUGAAACUUCCAGAAACUUUCUGAUUACACGUUUUUUGGAGUAAAUGUGGUACGUGUUCUUGUUCAGUUCUUUUCCGCUGUCGCUCAUUUUACCCUGGUGGCCGCCGGCGUUUCUCAUUUUCUCACCGCCGCUACGAAAUUUCAUUUUGUUUCUCCAACAAAUAUGACUCCUUUGUUUUUCCUAUCUCGCUCUAGCUCUGUUUCUCGUUGAGCUUCGCUGGACUGUCGCCUUACUUUCUCUCUUUCUCUGUCUUUCUCUUUAUCUAUUUUCCAAAUUGUUGGACAUGACAAUUAAUCUAAACUUAAUAAUUUGGACAACACGGAUACAGAAACAUUUUCUGCUUUCCGUUUUUGUCUUUAUUGACUCUUUUCUUCUCUCUGCUUCACAGGACGCAGGUGGCCACACGCUUUCCUGCCAAAAUAAUCUGACAUUUGACAUCGGCUUACAUGCAGUGGUUGUACCAGGGCGGAUAAAGGUUGAGCGGUGAAACGAGCGCGUCCGAGCAAAAAGGUGUGAUGCAGUGGACUGGGACUCUGCUUAGAAAUGUCGCUUGCUUUCGACUUCGGUCAGGGCUUGGGAAGGGCUUGCGAUGUGGUUUGUACAUUAGACACUGCCGCUGUCACUGAAUUAUGGCGGCUUGAUUUGUUUUCUUGCACCUCUUCCUCGUUCCUUUGUGCUGGUACGCUGUCUCCGAGAGGCAAAUGUUGCUAUUUUUUGCGGGAGGUUUAGUUGGAGUAGACAAACAUCUCUUUCAAAGGGUUUCUUUUAUUACUUCCAUGACUGUACCACUGAAUUAUAUUUUCGUGCUGCUACUCGCCAAUGUCGAUGUUAUUCCAAAACAAAAACAACUAAGUACUGUCUAAAACACGAAGGAAAAUCUCAUCCAUGUCAUCCAUGGCAAAACUAAAAGACAACAGAUAGUGUUUCAUAACUAGAUGACGUGUAUUUUAUAAAUGCGUGCAGCUCGUGCAAGGUGAAAUUAUGCUAAUAUUAAUCACCAUCAUCCUUCUUUUUAAUUUUGAAAAAAACAUCUCAUACGUCUUUCUGUUUCUUCGAAACUUCAAAAUUAGUUUCCCCUCAGUUUUUCCUGUUUACCUUGUUUUGUUUUAGAGAGAAAAACGGAGAAAAAACCUUACAACUAACCUCAAUAAAUUUUGUUUACAUGCGGUUGCCGGAUUUGCAACGUAUUGAGCGAAUCGCCAUGGCGCGUUGCAUCCGAGAAGCAAAGUUUGAAGAAGCACAACGUCACUAUAUCAAUAUAUAUCAAUCUAAUUUUUUGUUAUGUUAUAUAAAAUUUAUCCCCCUUUAACAUAUGUAAAAAUUGAGGUUAAGAAGUGUUAAGCUUUUGCAAACGAAACGGCGAAAGACGAUUAGGUGAUAUUUAGUGGAAGGAGGAGGUAUUCAACACUUUCAAAUUAAACUCAAAUUUUGGCAUUAUACGACCAACAAGUUUGACUUAUAGACGUACAGACACAAACAUAUGAAACUGUUUAUUGAUAUUGUUAUGAAACGAAUUUAUCUAUUUAACAUUAUAGCCUGAAAUUACAGAAAGAAAAUAGGGUUUCCGGUUUGCAAAAAGGAAAAUUUCGCCGGCCCUCAAGCGCACCGGAAGCGCGGAAAGAGCGCUCGUGCCAGUCCUACUCCGCAUCACACAUUACAUGAAGAGCGGACCGCUCGUUUCACCGCCCAACCUUUAUCCGCCCUGGGUUGUACGGACAGUCGGCGUUCGAACGCUACGUCAGAACCAAAUUUACUUUCUUUCAUAGGUUACCAAUUUAUCUUAGCGAUGGAGCUCCGCCACGCGCGCUUCACGCAAGUGGGAGCUCUGCUAAUAAUGGAAACUUUAUUUGUGUUUUGGAAUGUACAAUUGUAAAUCUCGCUACGCAUAGGCAAUUUACAAAUGCCGCUUGAGAUUGGAUUAUUAAAAAAAAAAACGCAAAAAACACACACACAAAAAAAAAGAAAGCAAAACAAGAAAAGAAAAGAAACUAAAAUUGCAUUUAGUCUGGGCUAUCCCAAUUCCUAUUUCUACAACAAAAGAUGUAAUAUGUUGCUCUUAUGGCUAUCUUUAUCAUUUUCUUGAUUAUAUAAAGUUGCUGCUUUUUGUCAAUGCCAAUGUCAUUCAUCAUGUCUAUGAAAUAAUAAUAAUAAUAAUAAUAAUAACAUAAUCUAAUAAACUUUUUUUUACUAGUGUAAUUUACCAUCUGUUGAAUUACACAUUGUUUUUCUUCUUUUGAUUUCCCUUUUCAGACCCUUUACUCUUUGUGAGUGAUUAGAAAAUAUAUCAGUGGUUUAAUGAGUUUUGGCUUAGUUUUUGUAAAUAUUUGGCAUCAUCGCGGACACUGAGUGUCUUGGAAUUAAUUAUCGUUAUUACUAUGAUCAUUUUUUCUGCUGCUAAGAGAGAGAUGAAUUCACAUCUUGUAGCUAACUGUAUAAAUUUGGAAAUAUCCGUCUUAAUUGUUCGUCGUAACGCUGAUUCUACAUUGUUCUUUAGCUUAACACCACUGUUCUGAGGAUUAUUGUCACACAUUUAAUCUAAGCGUACUGGCGCAAGACGUCAACGCAUCACUAUCACUCAAGAUAGGAAUACACCUUGAGGUGUCAUUGCUCAAUACCAAAUGAUUUUACACGUCUGUUGUCCUGUUUGAGUGUGUUAAAAUCGUCAAUGUUUUAUUAGUUAAUUUACUAAUGUAGUAAAGCUGUUGUAUUGGCUUGAUUUCUAUCGCAGUACUAGUAUUGUUUUCUUCAUUAAUGGGCAAUGAAUACGCCUUAAGACGUCGCUGACUGUUGUCAUUUUGGUUUUGUUUAUUUGUUGUUCUGUUUUUAUGGCUAUUUUAAACAUAUUGUUUGUGUGUUUAUGUGUGUAUUGGAUAAAUUCUACUGGAUAAUUUGCUACAAACUUUUACAGAUUUAUUUUAGAAAUGCCCCAUUUGGGGCUAAGGGCCUUGGAGGAAAGUACGUAAGUAAGUAAGUUAGUAUGUAAUGUAUGUUAAGUCUGUACCUUUAAAAAAGUUAAUCAUAUAACCACUGAAAUCUUUCUUCAGUUAACGCUGCUAAAUUCAUCGUUAUCUGUCGUUACCGCGUUGGCUAAUGAGACGAAAAGGGACUUCCAAACGUUUAAGUUGAGCAUGGAAAAUUCCCUGUCUACGGUAAGAUUGUACCCUUGUUGUCACACUUCAGCUUUGAUAUUUCAGUCUUUGAGAGACGCUUAGUUUUUACCAAAUUAGACAGAGUUUUAGAGGUGAUGUUAAAAUCGAAUCUACCCGGCGCUCCCUGUGUGGCCGACUGGAAGUCACUGGCCAAAAUAAACCUUCCCCGCUGGAAACAUCUACUCAAGUACUAUUGUUUAUACAAGCCAAUCACAGACCUUGUUUGCCGCCCCCAAUUGAAUUUUGCAUAACCUUUCUUUUUGUAAUUUCUCCUGAGUAGUAAAGUCGCCUUAAGGAAAAUUAAGACAAAAGUUAUCAUGUCUUUUUUGUUUUUGUCUUUUUUUGUUUUUUUGUUACAGUAUUGGUAGCCAGGGCGGUACUGUCAGUGAGCCUGGGUAUCCUGUAGUUCAGCGACCUUUUGUCAAAAGUGUAAUCAUUGCUUCUUAUCUAUACCUCAGGUCUUUAAAAGCCUACAGAACCUUGAAGAAAAUGGGAACCUUACAAAAGACAGCCUUUCCCUGGAUAUUUUCAACACAAAAGAGAUGGUAAAUGCGAUAAUACUCCCAAACUUUGUACUUACUGACUUAGUUUUUGAAGGUUCUAAUUUUAAUUUGCGACUAUACGGAUGCGUGGACACGUCUCUAGAAACCAACCCCAUGGACAAAAAAAGGCCAUUUCGGAGUUCCACUUCGCCCACACACAAAAUAAAUGUAAUUGCUUUAAUUUACACUUGUUUUCUAAUCUUGUUUACAAUUGUACGCAGUUUGACUUAGAUAAACGUUCGACUGAUGAAUACGACUUCUAACAGAAAUAUUAAUACCCGGUAAGAAAAACCAGACUUGACCAAUCGAAAAAAAAAAAAAGAAAGAGAAAGAGAGAGAGAGAAAAAAAAUUAAGUUGCCGCAAAAUACACAGCAUUGCCUAUCCGCAAUAUAAAGUAGUAGUAGCUCACUCUGUCAUAAAUGUCACACAGUACUGGCGCACGGUAUUGAUUUGUCUGGAAGAAAUUUUUUUCUGCUUUUGCUCUUGAAACAGCUCUAACAUUAAAACCAAAUUUCUUUUUGUCAAAGUUAUCACAAUGCCUUUUGAUAACUUUUGAAACCUUGACUUUUUUCAACAGCUACAAAACGCAACAGAUAGACUUGAUCGAGAAGAUGCCAACUUGAAGUUGCUCUUGAGUGAAAUUAACAGCACCCUCUUCCUAAAGGUAAUGUUGUCAUUUCCUUACAAAUAUAUGGUUUUCCCUGUAGACUUGCAGUUCUAAUUUUGUCCAUUUUUACAGCUAUGAUAUACUUUCCCCAGAGGAAUGACGAGAGGGCAUGAGGGAAAACGCUUCCUGUUAUCUCAGGGGACCAAGAAAAAUACGCUGGGUUUUUCUGUUUAUCAAGGAACUAUUAGUGUGUCAUACUGUAGAUUAAAUUCUUUCUCCCACUCUCUAAUAGCCACGCUUUAAAAAUUGAGACCCCAAUUUUCAUAGCAAACAAAAUAAUCACCACUGAUAUCCUUGACGCAACAAUGCAAGUGGCCUUGAGCUGUGUAAUUAAGGCAGAUUUUUGUUGUUCUUGUCCCUUUCCCCUUGUUGGUUUUCAUCUCUCUAACGACCUGUGCGAUGUAGGGAAACGAAAAACAUAAAAAAAAAAUAAAAAUCUAUGCAUUUCUUUCCAGAUAGAGAAUGUGAGCAAACUUCCGGGCCCAGUCGGUCCUCCUGGCGUAAACGGCUCCCAAGGCCCUAUAGGUCCAGCAGGACCUCAAGGAUUUAACGGAUCCCAGGGUGCAAUAGGUCCCCAGGGAUUCAAUGGUUCCCAAGGACCUAUCGGACCACAGGGCCCCCAGGGUGCUGGGGACUUCUCUUUAUGUGAAUAUGUGAGCACUUCUUCAAGGGGAAGUCAGAAUCCCGUAACAAGCAUUAACCCUGCUGCUAGUAUUCAAGUAACUCUCGGGGAACCAAAUGUAAGUCUAUUGUUUUUGUUGUUAUUAAUUAUUAUUAUUAUUAUUAUUUUUUAUAACAUAUUUUGGGAUUAGAUUUUUUUUCUUCUCCCGUGUUAAUUAAGAAUAAGUCCUUUAAAUGCAACUCCUUUUGUAGAUCAUUUACUAGUUUUUUCUCCAUUUUAUAUAGCUUCCUUCUAUCGACUUUGCAACAUUAGAUAUGUGUUUUACCUAGUAAUCAAUCGCGAAUUAUUAUUCUUAAAAAUAUUAUUAUUAUUAUUAUUAUUAUUAUUAUUAUUACUAUUAUACUUUUGUGAGUUCUUUAGAGUGAUUUCAAUUAACCCGUGAAAUAGGCAGUAGAAUACUAAGCACUGUUAUGCACUAAUUCUAAUGUCUUCUUUUGUUUAUUUGUAGCUAUUUUGCGCUAGUUGUUAUUAUCUGUUUCACGGUUUAAGUAAAAUCACUGUUAAUGUUUGUGCUCAUUCAGCGAAAGUCAUUAGUUUGUUUACCAAGUUUAAAUAAACUCGUAGAUUAAAAAUUUACUUAAAAAUUGCUAAUACUUGUCUGAUUGUGAUAAUAUAAAAUGCUCCUUGGUUAAAACUAAGCUAACGAUAUAACUACAAAAUCAUACAUGUAUAAUUCCGUCUGACGCUCUCUAGGCCUAUAAGUCCACUGGGCUCGCGCGUUCAAAAUAAGUUGCGAUUAUUAUUAUGUUUUUUGGUGUUGUUUUUAACCUGUUGCCACGUUGUUGUUGUUGAUGUUGUUAUUAUUAUUAUUAUUAUUGUUGUUGUUAUUACUAUUAUUAUUAUAGUUUUUUUGACAACAGUUACAGAAAAAAGAAAGAAAGAAAGAAAGAAAAAACAUAAAAUAUAAUAACGGAAAAGAAAAGAAGCAUUAAUGCUACGACUGUCACUACUAUACGUACAUCAUUUCUAUUCCAAACAAGACAUAGGUUGCGACUAUGUCCGUUAACAGGAACAAUUCCUUCCUCCAUAGAAGAGCAUAUCUCUCAUUUUUAUCCUUUUAGGACAAAAGAAUAGUUGCUGUGUCAUGCUCCACCGACCGAGCCCAGAUGUAUCUUCUUUCAAGCUUAAUCAACCCAUCCAACGGUCAACGGUUUUAUUACUGCGACUGUUUUGGACAUUUUGAUGCUGGAUCGCAGUCUGUGACUUGUUUUAUGAGCUACUGGCUUUGCCCUCUUUCUACAUAA